AUGUCCAACCAAGUCGUCAAGCAGAUCCUCAAGAAGUUGGAUCAGUGGCCCAUGGACUCUGUGAAGCAUUAUGCCUCUUUCCGAGACACCAUGAUUGAGCAUUACGAGCCCAUGGUCAACCAGACCCCCACAAAGACCGAGCAGGCCUUCCUGGAGAAGCAGAACGAGGCUUUUGGCGUUCUCCUCAGCGACAAAUACAUGAAGAAGGACUCAGUAGACAUAUUCAGCUUCUCGUUGGGCAUCUGCAAAAAACCGAUGUUGCGUGCUCUGUGUCCAUAUGUGCCCUAA